CAGGAGCGGCCCAGCAGGCACUGGAGUCGCGAUGGAAACCCCAGCGCUUGCGUGCACCCGUGUCCUCGUGCUGGGCCUGCUCUCGCUGCAUGCUGGCCUUGCGCCCACUGUCGCCCAAAAGAAUGGCAUCGACAUCUACAGCCUCACCAUGCACUCGGAGGUCUCGUCGCGAUUUGCCCGCACCGUGGUCACCAGCCGCGUGGUCAACAGGGCCGAGACGUUGCAGGAGGCCACCUUCCAGCUGGAGCUGCCCAGGAAAGCCUUCCUCACCAACUUCUCCAUGACCAUCGACGGCGUGGCCUACCCGGGGAAGGUGAGAGAGAAGGCUGCAGCCCAGAGGCAGUACAGCGCGGCCAGGGCCAAGGGGGAGAGCGCCAGCCUCGUCAAGACCACCGGGAGGACGACGGAACAGUUCCAGGUGUCGGUCAGCGUGGCCGCCGCCUCCAAGGUCACCUUCCAGCUGGUGUAUGAGGAGCUGCUCCAGCGGCGGCUGGGAGCCUACGAGCUGCUGCUCAAAGUGCAGCCCCAGCAGCUGGUCCAGCACUUGCAGGUGGACGUCCACAUCUUCGAGCCGCAGGGCAUCAGCUUCCUGGAGACAGAGAGCUCCUUCAUGACCCAGGAGCUGGAGCGCGCCCUCACCACCUCGCAGAACGAGACCAAGGCUCACAUCCGGUUCAAACCCACGCUGUCCCAGCAGCAGCAGGCUGCAGGGCAGCCGGACACGGCCCUGAAUGGCAGCUUCAUCAUCCGCUACGACGUGAACCGCACUCUGUCUGCGGGCUCCAUUCAGAUCGAGAACGGCUAUUUCGUGCACCACUUUGCCCCCGAGGGCCUGCCCACUAUGCCCAAGAACGUGAUCUUCGUCGUCGACCAGAGCGGCUCCAUGCUAGGCAGAAAAAUCCAACAGACCCGAGAAGCCCUCAUCAAGAUCCUGGAUGACCUCAACCCCAGAGACCGGUUCAACCUCAUCCUCUUCAGCUCGUCAGCGACCCCGUGGAAGACAUCGCUGGUGCAAGCCUCGCCGGAGACCGUGAGCAAGGCCAGGAGCUACGCCGGCGGCAUCCAGGCCCUGGGAGGGACCGACAUCAACGAGGCCUUGCUGCUGGCCGUGAGCCUGCUGGACCACGAGCAGGCGGAGCUGCCCACGGGGAGCGUCUCCCUCCUGAUCCUGCUCACCGACGGGGAGCCCACGCAGGGGGAGACCAACCCCACGGUGAUCCAGAGGAACGUGCGGGAAGCCAUCGGCGGCCGCCACAGCCUCUUCUGCCUGGGUUUCGGCUUCAACGUCAACUACCCCUUCCUGGAGAAGCUGGCGCUGGACAGCGGCGGCCUGGCCCGGCGCGUCUACGAGGACUCGGACGCGGCCCUGCAGCUGCAGGACUUCUACCAGGAGGUGGCCCACCCGCAGCUGACGUCUGUGGCCUUUGAGUACUCAAGCAAUGCCGUGGAGGAGGUCACUCGGGACAACUUCCGGCUGCACUUCCUGGGCUCCGAGAUGGUCGUGGCUGGGAAGCUGCGGGCCGAGAGCCCUGACGUGCUGUCGGCCAAAGUCCGCGGGCGGGUGCACAAGGAGAACAUCACCUUCUACAUGGAGUCCAGCGUGGCGGAGCAGGAGGCGGCGUUCCGGAGCCGCCAGUACAUCUUUGGCAGCUUCAUGGAGAGACUCUGGGCGUACCUGACCAUCCAGCAGCUCCUGGAACAGAUGGUUCAUGCGCCCGAGGCCCAACAGCAAGCCCUCGAGUCCCGAGCCCGGAACCUGUCACUCGACUACAGCUUUGUCACUCCUCUCACGUCCAUGGUGGUCACCAAGCCCGAGGGCCAACGACAGGAUCAAGUUGCUGAGAAGCCUUCUGAGGAUGAUAAGCACAAGCAGGCCUACGGAGGAGGACCUACUUUCUCCAAAUUUCUCCACAAAGGACAAAAACACCCCAUACAAAGAAUGCAAACAGCAGGCAGCUAUGAAGAACCCUCUUUUUACAGAAGAAAGCUGAGCGGACAAGCUUCCUGGCCCCUGCUGAGUUCCCGAUUCGGCGUGGACAAUUCUCCCACGAGAUUUAAACACCCCGGGCACCUCCACAUUCCUUUCGCCUCUCUUCCUCCUCAUCUUAUGAACCUUCCGACCCUAGAGCUGCUGCGGAAGCUGAAGCUGCGGAACUCUGCUGCUACACGGAUACCUGUGAUGAUGCCACCCACGCCUUCAGCUCCCAGUCAAACUGUGACGGUGCCAUCCACGCCUUCAGCUCCCAGUCAAACCGUGAUGGUGCAACCCAUGCCUUCAGCUCCCAGUCAAACCGUGACGGUGCCACCCACGCCUUCAGCUCCCAAUCAAACCGCGUUGGAUGAUGUGGACUUGGGAAGCAAAGAAAAAGCCGUGCCUGAUUCGCCCCCAGCCCCCUUGCAGGCUCCUUCGGUCAUUCUGCCGCUGCACGGCCAAGACGUGGACCGGCUCUGCGUGGACUUUAAGAACAUUCGCGGACCCUUAAACCUGAUCUCGGACCCUGUCCAAGGAAUCGAGGUGACUGGCCAGUACGAGAUGGAGAAGGCUGGGUUCUCGUGGAUCAAGGUGACGGUCCAGAAGCCCGAGCUGCAGGUUCACGCGACCCCUGAGCGGGUGGUGGUGACUCGGAACCGGAGAAACUCGGAGCACAAGUGGAGGAAGACGCUGUUCAGCUUGCUGCCAGGCCUGAAGAUGACCAUGGACGACACAGGGCUCCUGCUGAUCGGGGGCCUCCGCAGAGUGACCGUUGGCCUGUUGCCCUGGGAUGGCCCCAAGAUGGGACUGCUGCUCCUCCUUCACAACACUGACCGCUUCUCCAGCAGUGUCAAGGGGACCAUUGGCCAGUUUUACCCCAGUGUGCUCUUGAGGCCUUCACCUACGGCAGCUGACCAGUGGAUCCUGAAGGCUCAGGCUGACUACCUUGUCACCAGAGAGCACAGGCUGGAUUACCAAGCGGGGCCUCCGGGAAGGGAGAUUGCCUGCUGGUCUGUGGAGCUGUAGUUCCGCUGGGAGGAGCCCUGCCCCAGAGCUCAUGGCACCUGCUGCCUCCAGAUGGGGGCCACCUUGUGACUGCAGGGCCACCUCGGGGGCCGGAUCCCAGGGGGCAGGAGGUUCCCACUCUUUGCAAAUAAAGCGGUGAGCCCAGGGA